AAACAACCCUUCCCUUCCUCUUCUCUUCUCUUCUCUUCUCUCCCUUCACUACGAGGUUUACUCAAAUUCACAAUAAAAUUGCCAACUUUUUCUCCUUAAAACAACAAAGAAUAUAAUGGCUGCUAGUAGAAUCCAAAUCUCUUCGCCAUUUUCUUCUUCUUCUCCUUCUUUAAAAGUGGAUUUGGGUUUCACUUCAAAGUCCGUUUCCAUGGCUAAUAGGAGAGCUCAAAUUCGGUGUGGCGCAGUAAUCCACUCCCCAUCAGUCCUCACUUUCCCUAAGAAUCCUUUCCAGAAGGAAUCUCCGGCGCCGGCACCGGCGCCGCCGGAUACUUCUCAGGCGGCGGCGCCGCCGCCGCACUGGAACGUGUUUCAGAGGGCGGCCUCGGCGGCGCUGAACGCGGUGGAGAGCGCGUUGGUGGCGGUGGAGAGGAAACACCCGCUCCCCAAGACGGCUGAUCCGGGCGUCCAAAUAUCUGGGAACUUCGCCCCCGUGCCGGAGCAGGCGGUGCGGCAUAACCUCCCGGUGGUCGGCGCCGUGCCGGAAUGCAUUAACGGCAUUUACGUAAGAAACGGCGCUAACCCGCUCUUCGAGCCGGUUGCCGGUCACCACUUCUUCGACGGGGACGGCAUGGUUCACGCCGUCACAAUUAACGGCAACUCCGUCAGCUACGCCUGCCGGUUCACGGAGACUGAGCGGCUGGUUCAGGAAAAGGAACUGAACCGGCCGGUUUUCCCCAAAGCCAUCGGCGAGCUCCACGGCCACUCCGGGAUAGCUCGCCUCCUCCUCUUCUACGCCCGCGGCCUCUUCGGCCUCGUCGAUCACAGCCGCGGCACCGGCGUCGCUAACGCCGGCCUCGUCUACUUCAACGGCCGAUUACUCGCCAUGUCGGAAGACGACCUCCCUUACCACGUCCGCAUAAAACGCUCCGGCGACCUGGAAACCGUCGGGAGAUUCGAUUUCAACUCGGAGCUCCGGACCACAAUGAUCGCCCACCCGAAAAUCGACCCGGUUUCCGGCGAGCUUUUCGCCCUGAGCUACGACGUCGUUCAGAAGCCUUAUUUAAAAUACUUCAACGUUUCCACCGCCGGGGAGAAGUCCCCGGACGUGGAAAUCAACCUCGACGUUCCGACCUUGAUGCACGACUUCGCGAUCACCGAGAACUACGUCGUGAUUCCCGACCAGCAAGUGGUUUUUAAGCUUCAAGAAAUGAUUAAAGGCGGCUCCCCGGUGAUAUAUGACAAGGAGAAGAAAUCCCGGUUCGGGAUUCUCAAGAAAAAUGCCGGAGAUUCUAAGGAUAUUAUCUGGGUCGAGUCGCCGGAAACUUUCUGUUUCCAUCUCUGGAACGCCUGGGAAGAGGCGGAAACCGACGAGGUCGUCGUGAUCGGCUCAUGCAUGACCCCGCCGGACUCAAUUUUCAACGAAUGCGACGAGAAUCUCAAGAGCGUCCUAUGCGAAAUCCGGCUGAAUCUAAAAACCGGCGAAUCAACCAAAACGCCGAUCAUCCAAUCCACGGAACACCUCAACUUAGAAGCCGGAAUGGUCAACCGGAACCUUCUCGGCCGGAAAACACGGUACGCGUAUCUCGCCAUCGCCGAGCCGUGGCCCAAAGUCUCCGGCUUCGCCAAAGUCGACCUCUUCACCGGGAAACUCGAGAAAUACAUUUAUGGCGACGAGAAAUACGGCGGGGAGCCGUUCUUUGUGCCCGGCUCCUCGGAGAAAGAAGACGACGGCUACAUUCUUACAUUCGUCCACGACGAGAAGACAUGCAAGUCGGAGCUCCGGAUAGUGAACGCCGGGAAUUUGAAACUCGAAGCCACCGUCAAGCUCCCGUCAAGAGUUCCCUAUGGCUUCCAUGGAACUUUUAUCAGCUCAAAGGACUUAGAACGUCAAGCAUAGUCCUCGGAACACAAGAUCAAGCCCUAACAGUCCCAAUGAAAAUUAUCAAUAGGCUCUACUGUCUACCCGCCUAACAGUUGAGAUACCGUGAUUUAACUCUCCACUAUCUUGUUAGGUCGAGGUGUAUUGUGGGCUCCACCCGCUUAACAGACAUAGUUGAGAUACUGUGAUUUAAUUUUUCACUAUCUUGUUAGGUCGAGGUGUAUCGUAGUGGGCUUCAUCCACUUAACAGACAGUUGAGACAUUGUAAUUUAAGUCAGGGUUAUUUUGUCGGGUUCGAGUAUGGGAGCAUAGGGUGGUAAUAAAUUAGGUUGUGAUUCAGUGUGACAAUGUACAUAGGAGAGAUGUGCCUGAGGGAUGCUAGAUUUGCACAGAGGUCCCCGGACUCUCCUCAAAUUUUAAUUUUGACCUUAAAACAGUCUCUUCUCUUUUUUUCA